CUUUACCCAUCUUGAAGGAAACCCACAAGAAUCCCCAAAUCAAUCAAUGAAUCUUGUCAAAGUGACUAAUCUGGCGACCAAAUCUACCCCCUACAAUCAUGGAACCAAAUCAAACCAAACCAGUUAAAACUGAAGCAGAUUCACAGUAUCUCAUAUGUUUCAUAAACUAAACUUCAAACCCUUUCUUCACCAUCUUCAUCUUCCCUUCACUUCUCUCUAAACCAUGAUGAAACCCCUCACAAAACCACUUCCCCACCAUUGGUUCAGACUCACCACAACCAUUUCAAGAUUCAACCAAUCACCUCUUCAGUCAAAACAGCCAAACCCCACAUUCAAUUCAUUGUCAUCUUCCGAUUUUGUCACCACCCACUUGUGUAUUUCAUCAAAAGAAUCAAAACUCAAUGGAGCAAGAUCAGUCUCAUUGCUCAAACAUCACUUGAAUCAUGAAUUUAGGAAUACACAGAUGGGGUAUUCAUGUAAUGAUUGGAACUUUGGGUUAAGAAACAAGUCUUGUCAGCAAAGGAGGUUGUUUUCAGAGACAAUUUCGGACCCUUAUUCCAAACCAACAGAACCCAGUUUAUCUUCUUCAAAUUCAAGUGCUUUUUCAACUACAAAUCCUCAAUUUGAGAGCUCAUCACAGCAGCCUAUAGAUGCAGGCUCUUCAAUUAGAAAACCAAUCAGUUUGUGGCCUGGAAUGUACCAUUCACCUGUAACAAAUGCUUUAUGGGAAGCAAGAUCAAGGAUGUUUGAGAAGCCAGGGGAAAAGCCAAUUGAUUCAGUUUCUCAAAGUGAAUUAGAAGCCAAAACUCCAUCAGAGAGCAGGACUACUAUUCUUUAUAAGUUUUCAAGUGAUUUUAUACUCAAAGAGCAGUAUAGGAAUCCUUGGGAUGAGAUUAGAAUGGGGAAGUUGCUUGAGGAUCUUGAUGCUCUUGCUGGAACCAUUUCAUAUAAGCACUGUUGCAGUGAUGAUGGUGCAACAAGGCCUAUAUUAUUGGUCACUGCUUCUGUUGAUAGGAUGGUGAUGAAAAAACCAAUCCGAGUUGACACUGACUUGAAAAUAGCCGGAGCCGUUACCUGGGUUGGGCGGUCAUCCAUGGAGAUUCAACUUGAAGUGACUCAGUCCACUGAAGAUACUGCAGACUCAUCAGAAAACAUUGCUCUUGUGGCGAACUUCACAUUUGUGGCUCGUGAUUCCAAGACAGGAAAAUCAUCUCCGCUUAACCAGAUCUUGCCCGAGACCGAAAAAGAGAAAUUGCUUUGGGAAGAAGCGGAACAAAGGAACAAAAUGAGGAAACAGAAGAAAGCAGAAAAUCGAAUGACUAUUGGAAAUGAGGACAAAGACAGGCUUAAUGCAUUGUUGGCUGAAGGGCGAGUCUUUUCUGACAUGCCAGCAUUGGCAGAUAGAGAUAGCAUUCUUAUAAGGGAUACCUAUCAUGAGAAUUCCUUGAUGUGCCAGCCACAACAGAGGAACAUUCAAGGUCGGAUAUUUGGAGGAUUUUUGAUGCGUAAAGCAUUUGAACUGGCCUUUGCAAAUGCUUAUGCAUUUGCUGGCUCAGCGCCACGCUUUGUAGAAGUUGAUCAUGUUGAUUUUGUUAAGCCUGUGGAUGUCGGAAACUUUCUCCGUCUCAAGUCUUGUGUUUUAUAUACCGAACUCGAGGAUCAGGCCAGACCUCUGAUAAAUGUGGAAGUUGUAGCUCAUGUGACAAGGCCUGAGCUCAGAACCAGCCAGUUAUCAAAUAAAUUCUACUUCACAUUUACCAUCCGUCCCGAGUCAGUGAAAGAUGGAAUGAGCAUCCGGAACGUUGUACCUGCCACAGAAGAGGAAGCGCAGCGGGUGCUGGAACGUAUGGAUGCCGAGAGCUCCCAGUUGACAAAAACAUAACCAAGUUUCUUUCUGGCAAAGUAAGACAAGGAUUAACCAAAGAACCAGGGUUUGUUCUUAAGUUCUACAAGUUCUAUUUUUUUUUCUAUAAAGAAAUAAUAUUAUUCUUUUAUUUUUUUCCUUUUUUGUACAUUAAUUUUUGCCUUUUAUAUAAAUUAU